AAGUUUUCCGGGGAGCUGGCGGUGAAUGGCCUGACGGCUCCUUGUAAAUAAAAACGGUUCCGCGCAGACGUAGCUGCGCAAGGAUGGCAGAGUCAGCCCUCCUGGAGGACACGCUGCCCGAGGAGGAGAGGGAGUUUCAGAAGAUUAUAGCUUCAAUCGGAGGGAAAGAGAGGAUUUAUUUGGUGACGGAUGCCUGUAAAACUAAAGAGGUGGACGGGGAGGAAGUUGGAAUACUGCAGGAGUUCAUCCGUGAUAUGUUUCACAUCGGAAACCCGGCGAACAGCAGCGGACAAACAUCUCCACCAAACAGCCACGGCGACACUGAGAGCGCAAACCCUAUCUGUGAAAAGAACGAGACGGCUAAAAGCGAUGAAAUAGCUCUAACGGUGAGGCCCAAGGACUUGGAUCUGAGAGCCUGCCCGCUGGGACAGGACGGGGAGGAGAAGCGGCCGACGCGCAACGGAAACGUGAAGAGAAAAGCCACGAGGAGAGCAAACAUUUACAGCCUAAAGCGAACCAUAGACUCUCCUGUCAUCAUAUUCAUCUUCAGACAGACGUUUCUCAGCAAACCUGCCAACGAAUUGUGCAUAAAAGAGACGUUGAAGGACGUAAAGGCACGUACGAAACGUGCCAGAAUCACCCGACCGGCUCUGAUUGGAUUAAUACGCACCAGACAGGAGAGCGCCGAGACGCGUCAGUGUGCGCAACUUCUGGAGCGUCUGAUCCGCUCAGUGUUCAGCAAACAGUCACCAGAGACAAUAUGGGUCGGCUGCUUCGUCCCGAAGACAGAGGCCAGCGUGCUUAGCAUCAAGAAAAACGCCUGCAGAGUUAUAUACUCAUCACAAACAGCAGAUAAUACCAGGGAUAGAGGGAACCCGCUUCUCCGGCCAUUCCAAUGUUUGUUCUGGGCUGAAAGAAGACGCCAGGCCAACAACUCUUCAACCGGCAGGCAAAGAGGUGACACUGGAAGUAAAGAGGAAGGCAUCCCUCUGAAAACCAACUCUUUGUCUGCUGAACUUCAUGUGGGUGGAGAGUCAGCUGGAGGAGACAGCUGAUGUUGUUCCGUGUGACUUGUGGCUGCAGGCAUAUCACUGGACACAUUCCCGUUUUAACUGUGAAGAAAACGUUGGUGCUACAGAGCCUUACUACCUGUUAUAGUGUUUCUUCAUAUCAUUCAGUAUUCCAACAACUGAGCCAACAUGAUUCUUGUCCUGUAGCAAUAUGUUGCUAAAUAGUCAAAUCUGUGGCCGUCUUGCUGACUUACACAUCAUCCUUGAUAUACAAUGGUUAUUCAUAAAGGGAUUUACUCUGUGUGUUUGGGGCUGCUUCAAGUAACAAUCAGUUAGUCAUAUUAACUAAAUCACUUAAUUUAACAAUAUUUUACUGAGUCAUAGACAGACCAUUUUCUGUAUUUUAGCACAAGCUGCAGUAUGGCUAGGCUAAAAGCUUGCAGCAUAGGACUUAUUUAACAUGACGUAUAGUUAAAUUCAAGGCUGGAUUGCCAAUAAACCCCAUAAUUCCAUUGGUUCUUAAAAGAUCCAGGCCUAUUGUGUAUAAUCUGAAAUAUACAACACCAAAGCACCGCAUCAACUAACAUGAUAAAAGCCUUAAGUAGCUUCAUUAAUAAAUAGCGGCCUAACAACUUCUUUUUACCCCAAGAUGCCAUAGCAGGUGAAUCUCAAUGUGAGUCUUCUUUUUUUCUCACGUUAAUUUAUUAGAAUUGUGUGCCUUAGAUGAGUGCUAUUGGCAAUAACAUUAUCUGCAACAGAAGUGGAUGAAACUACUUUUCACUUUUUAUGUAGGCUAUUUAUGUAGCUAGUCUGUACAGUUGCUUAAAUAUGUAAAUAAACACAAUUAAUCUUG